UGUGCUGUAGGUGCGACUCCAGCUCUGCCGGUGCACCUGUUGCCUUAUUGUGCCAUGACCGAGGAGCUCAUAACGUGCGACCUAGCCAGCUCGUCUUCAUCGGGUGACUCGGAAGAGAGUUUAAACUGUGUGAAAACGGGGGGGAUGGAUUGUGAGGAGCCUAUUUUCUCCGCGUUGAGCGGCGAUGUGAAGCAGCAGGCGGGGGACGCGACCUCCCCGACCGCUGGGACUACCUCCGACACAGAGUCUGGGAUCUUCUCUGUUGAACGUGAGCUCUGUGUGGCGCAUGAGUCCGAGCUAGAAUGGUUCUGUGGAACCGAGCAGAAACUCAUCUGCUGUCACUGCGCCACCGUGGGCCCCUGCCAAGGACACACUGUGACCCCACUGGCCACCAGAGUAACCGCAGUCAGGAAUGAACUGGUGGAUGUGUGUGAGAAAAUACAGCUGCAGGCACUGAGGAUUGAAAAGUUUAUCAACCAGACACUGACAGCUAAAGAGCAAAAGCUUCAGACAGCGGCAAGCAGGGCAAGGGAGCGUGUGCUGGCUCAGGUCAGCGCAGCACGCGAAGCCCUGGAGGAGGAGGAGCAGCGUCUCUUGGAGGAGGUGCAGAGGGAGGAGGAGCGGGUGGAGCAGUGUCUCCUCACCCAGAGAGCCCACUGGAGCCAGGCUUUGGCGAGUCUUUCGCAAACACGCUCCCACCUGGUGCACACGCUGACAGACAUGCAGGACGCACAGCUGGUGACUAGUGUCCAGAAGAUAGCUGAAAGGGUGGAGGCAGCAGAGGGGGUUGGGGAGCCCUGUGACACAGACCAGCUCAACCUGAACCCAGGCUGCAGUGACAGCAAGCUGCUGAGAGGUCUGUGGGCCACUGCAGUACUGUUGGGCCCAAACGCUUCCGGAUCGUCUUCUUUAAAGUUUGAUGAGCGCACAGUGAGCCCUCUCCUGUCCCUGUCUGAUGACUUCUGCACUUUGACUUUCCUACACAAAAAAGCUCGCCAGUCCCCGCAGUACGACCCAGCACGAUUCGACUGUUUGCCCAACGCACUGGGUUCACUGUCCAUGUCCUCUGGCACCCACAGCUGGGUGGUGGGGGUAGGCCAGAGUGCUGCCUUUAAGAUUGGGGUCUGCUACUCCUCUCUGGAGCGCAAAGGCUCUGGGAACGAGGCCCGACUGGGCAACAACAGUCAGUCUUGGGUGCUGUCCCACUACGAUGGGGACUAUUCCUUUUGCCACGGGGGGAAUAAGGUGCCCCUGCAGGUCGCAAGGAAACCCCAAAAGAUCGGCCUGCUGCUGGACUGGCCGAGUCAGACGCUGGUGUUUUACGAGCUGGACUCCAUUGCAGUGCUGUACUCUGUCACACAUCCCUUCAGUGCCCCGCUGCUGCCAGCGUGUGCCGUGGCUGACCGCAGCAUCACCAUCCUGCACUGACACUGCCAGAACACUAUACAUACUGUAUAAACUGUAUUUAUAUUGCACUUUUCUUACAAGGUGCAUUACAAAAAGAAAUAAAACAAACAAGGCAGAUACAAUGAGAAAAAGGCCAAAGAACAUGAGCAGAGGCAUUAAAGACAAUAAAGUGAAUAAGAUCAAAUAGGAGUAAAAACAUAUAUUAAACCUUAACAUGUGAAGCAAUGCCUAUGGGAGACCCUACAGAUCCUCCAUCUAUUUAUUCUAUUAGUAGAUACUGAUUCUUUUUGUUACUGUUUGUAAUGAUUUUCUAGAUUUCAGUUUCUUUGUCUUUUUAUAUAGUAGUGCUAAAACCCUAAAACAGUAUUUUGUAUGACUGAUAAUGAUUGUUUUUUAUUCAAUGAAAUUUGCUGUUUGUUUUUAAGAUGACUGUUUUUAUCAUCAGGUUGA